AUGGUCACCACUACGGCGCCGCCGCCCUUCCUGACUCGGAUCUCGGUAGCCACGGAAGACCCCCGGCGGCUGCCCUCCGCUCUCUACCAGCGCCUCAGGCGAGGGGACAGCAACUGUGAGAACCAGCCCAGCUGCUGCCUGGCGGGCCCGGGAGGUACCGCGCGGCCAGCGCUGAAGAGAGUCCGGCGGAGGAAGGGGAAGAUCCGGCCCGGCCCGGCGGGGCUCCUGCCCAGCCGCUACCAGCAGUACCAGCAGCACCGCGCCGGCCUGGGGAGAAGGACCCCGCUGGGGGCUCACGGCCCGGGCGAACUUCGCCCUCACCCUGCGCCAACGGUAACGGCCCCCCCGGAGGAGCCCCCCGCGGCCGCCCCCUGCAGACCUGCGCCCAGCAAACCCCUCAGGAAGGAGUUCUUAAAGAACAAGAUGGGAAAGACUGAGAAGGCUGCCGUCCCCUACAGCCAGCCUGUUCACAGUUUACAUCUGUGUGAACAACCAAAGAUUAACAGACAGAAGAGUAAAUGUAAUGUGCCAUUGACAAAGAUCACCUCAGCAAAAAAGAUAGAGAACUUUUGGCAAGAUUCUGUAUCGCCAGAAAUAAUGCAGAAGCAGGAGAAAAAGCCACUUAAAAACACAGAGAACUUCAGAAAUGCCAAGUCCAAGAAACCUAUCACCCUAAGCCAAAAAGAAAAUUACGCUGGGGCAAAAUUUAGUGACCCACCGUCUCCCAGUGUCCUUCCAAAGCCUCCCAGCCACUGGGUGGGUGGCACAGCUGAACCGUCUGACCAAAACAGGGAGUUGAUGGCAGUCCAUUUGAAAACUCUCCUAAAAGUUCAAGCGUAGUUUCCAAGCUCUCCUGAGUGAUUGGCGAAGAAAACUCCAUCCAGGAAACUUAAAACAUGCCUUGUUGCAACAAAAAUUGCAAAAGACUGUCAAGUCUUACAAUCACAUUAAAAAAAUCCUUGUAUUAUAUUUUUUAUGGUUGUGUAAAUAGUGUACAUCAUGUAUUAUGUGUAUAUUCUUGUUCAUACUUUGAGAGGUACAUUUUAGUUUUGUUAUGAAAGGAUGUAUUUUGCACUGCCUGAAUGGUAGAUGUCUUGUAUAUAAAAUAUGGACAAUUUUAAGUGUGUGCUUGACACAUGAAGACUUGACUUGGUUUGCACAAGGUAAUGAAAAUUUUGGAAGGAGAGUACAGCUUUCUGAUAUUAAGGUUCCAGAUCAAAUGUGAAUGUUUUACUCAUGCACUACUGACAGUAAUUUUACAUUCUGUGUCCCAAUCGAGUAUAAACACGGAAUUUUCAUAUAAAUGUGAAGUUUUGCUCUCUGCUCUGGAAACAGUAUCUGGAAUUCCUCUUCAUCUGUUUGUUUUUAAAAUUAACUGGAAUUUGAGUAAAAUUCCAACCCAUCAAUUUGAGCACUGCUGAUUUCUUAAAAGGAAAAAAAAAAAAAAAAGAAAAAAAAAAAAAAAGAAAGAGCAGAGCUUUCUGCCAAAAAUCCAAUUGGUCACUAAAAAAUUGAAUAAAACAAUUUGGCCCCCCCUUAA